AUGGAGGUUGUGUCAGUAGCGGACGACAGAAAUGGUUUUAUAGCUGUUUAUGCGUUUUAUAAUAACAUUCAUGAAUACAUGACUGAAGAAGAGAAAAAACAGACGUUCGAUUUUUUCAAUUCAAAUGACUCCAUUCCGGAAUACGAAAUCGUUCGAAUCUGGUAUCAGAAAUCAAGUGAUGAAUCUGAAGAUGGAAUAUCCAGAAUGAUUGUAGGCAAUUCAUAUACAGAAAAAGAAGUUGAAUUGAAACCUGUAGAAAAUAGUGUCGUUGGUGCUUAUAUACCUAUUUACAUGGCUCAAUGGAUAGACAAAGAGCUUCAUUUUAAACAGUUGGGUGUAAGUAUGACGAGAGAAAUUGAACUUUUUAAAACUGGGUAUGGCACAAUAGUUGGUAGUGGAUAUGAUGAAAAUGGAGUAGGAUAUAUUGGAGACAUGACUAUAAGUCCUGUAGUUAAGAGCGUAUCAGACAAAAUAACUAGAUUAAAACGAGAUGUUGGAUCAGAGCCAUUUCCUGGAAGUCUAGAUCCAAGUGGGAAAUAUAUUUUGUCUGAUUACCACGUUCUUUAUACUACGUCUAAAUUUACAAAAGAUAAUAUGAAAGCUUCCGCUGCAGCCACAAAAAAGAAGGUUGAAGAAUCCGGAAAUGACAAUCACAAUCACAAGUCUAAACGCCAAGUAUAUCUUCCUACUGAGGGUGUCACUGUUUAUCCAGAGAUUUUGGUGUAUACUGAUUAUGGAAUGCAGUUCAUUGAUGUCAACAUGUUUUAUCAAUCAUUGGAAAAUCCACGUAUAUCUUUACGAGUAACUGCCAUAGUUAUUGGAACUGCUCCCUAUGACGUACCUUUUCUGGAAAAAGUUACAACUAAAGACAACAUGGUUCAAGAUCGUCAAGCUUUAAUAUGGAUGUCAAAGUUUUUCGAAGAGCACGAAGCUUCAUUUCCACGAUCUAUGUAUGACAUUGCUAUUACAAUGACAGAGCGAAAACUUUGCAAGAAGAGUCAUACUUCCAACUAUUGUGAAGAGGGUACCUUAGGCAUAGCUAAGGUUGCAGCAAAUUGUGUAGAUGGCUAUGGAUCAGGAGUGACUAUGGUAGGAAUUAUUCACGAUCAACUCGAUUUUCAUGGUAUAGUUCCAGCAGCUCACGAAAUUGCACAUAUAAUAGGGGUGACCCAUGAUGGCCAAUCAAGAUCUUCAAGCCCCUAUUGUGAUACUAAUGAUGUGGAUUAUAAUUAUAUAAUGUCGCCAAAUUUGUAUGAUGUCAAUCUCCCCUUCGUAUGGUCUAACUGCAGCAGAGAAACUUUUACAAAAUAUCUAGCAGAAAACAAUAAAAAAUGUCUACGUAAAGAGAAUAUGGCCUUCAAUGGACCUCCUUUGAUAAAUAUUUUACCAGGUCAAUUGACGAAUGCAGAACAACAAUGUAUACAUCGUGGAUAUUCACAUGCUUGUAAGGUAAGUUAA